UUCGUGCUCCGCGACUUCCCCACCCUCCGCGCCCAUAACAUCCGUUACCCGACGAAGCUAUCGGAGGCCAACGAUCUAAUCCGCACUUACCGAUCCGAGCCGGAAUGUCUCCCCCCGCGCGCGCAUCUGAAAGGGAAUCGACGAUGUCGGCUUGCUCUGGCCGAUCUGCCGACGGAGAUCUAUGAAACGGAAUGGGACCUGAUAAUGAUUGAUGCGCCGAAGGGAUAUUUCGCGGAGGCGCCGGGAAGAAUGGGGGCGAUCUAUUCCGCCGCGGUUAUGGCGAGGGGGAGGCGGGGGGAGGGGGUUACGGAUGUGUUCCUGCACGAUGUUGAAAGGAAUGUGGAGAAGACUUAUGCCAUGGAGUUUCUAUGCAAGAAAUACCUGGUCGAGGGUUCUGGACGUUUAUGGCACUUUCAGAUCCCGGCGGCGAGGGGAAACGAGACAUCCACGAUGGACGAGUUUUGCUGAAGCUUCUUCUUCGGUUCCUUCGACAACUCGUAUUGAUACGGGAGGGUUUUGGUUUCAUGCAGAUCGGGCUGCGGAAAAUUUUCCUUCUCGUUAUUGUCAUCUUUUUUUUUUUUAUUCAUUUAUAAAUCUAUAUUAGUAGUCCAAUG